ACCGUUCAAAGCUGAUCUUCCCUGCAAGGCAUUUUUAACUCUUUGUCUGUUUCAGGUGACCCGGAAUGUCAUGACUACGAUGCUCAGCCUUCCUGCCGGGGACAUCUAUAACCUCUCGGUCACGGCUUGCACUGAACGGGGUAGCAACAGAUCUGCGCUUCAGCUUGUGAAAGUUGAUCCAGCUCCUCCAAGAUCACUCUUUGCGGUGAAUAAAACGCAGACUUCUGUGACCCUCUUGUGGGUAGAAGAAGGAGUAGCUGAUUUCUUUGAGGUUUUUUGCCAGCAGGUUGGCUCAGACCGUGAGACAAAGCUUCAGGAACCAGUUACCGUAUCUUCUCAUGUCGUGACAGUCUCCAGCCUUCUGCCCGCUACUUCCUACAACUGCAGCGUUACAAGUUUCAGUCAUAACAGCCCCAGUGUCCCCACCUAUAUUGCAGUUUCCACUAUGGUUGUGGAGAUGAAUCCUAACGUCGUGGUGAUUUCUAUUCUUGCCAUUCUGAGCAUUCUUCUGAUAGGGCUCUUGCUUGUAACUUUGGUGGUUCUUCGAAGAAAACAUCUGCAAAUGGCCAGGGAAUGUGGAGCAGGAACAUUUGUGAAUUUUGCUUCAUUGGAAAGAGAUGGGAAACUCCCGUACAACUGGCGUAGGAGUGUCUUUGCUUUCCUAACUCUGUUACCCUCCUGCCUUUGGACUGAUUAUCUCUUGGCAUUUUAUAUUAACCCUUGGAGUAAAAACGGAUUGAAGAAGAGAAAGCUGACCAACCCUGUCCAGCUGGAUGAUUUUGACAGCUACGUCAAGGAUAUGGCCAAAGAUUCUGAUUAUAAAUUCUCUCUGCAAUUUGAGGAACUGAAACUGAUUGGGCUGGAAACCCCACAUUUUGCAGCAGAUCUUCCCAUGAAUCGCAGCAAAAACCGCUACACAAAUAUCCUGCCUUAUGACUUCAGCCGUGUUCAGUUGGUUUCAAUGAAUGAAGAAGAAGGCUCUGAUUACAUUAAUGCCAACUACAUCCCUGGUUAUAACUCUCCACAAGAGUAUAUUGCAACACAAGGACCACUCCCUGAGACAAGGAAUGACUUUUGGAAGAUGGUUCUCCAGCAGAAGUCACAAAUCAUUGUUAUGCUUACUCAGUGCAAUGAGAAGAGAAGGGUAAAAUGUGACCAUUAUUGGCCUUUUGCAGAAGAGCCGGUUCUUUAUGGAGACAUCACGGUGGAGAUGCUGUCAGAGGAAGAGCAAGCCGACUGGGUGUUCAGGAACUUCAGAAUCAGUUAUGCAGAUGAAGUGCAGGACGUGAUGCAUUUUAAUUACACCUCCUGGCCUGACCACGGUGUCCCUCCCACCAACGCAGCAGAAAGCAUUUUGCACUUUGUACAGAUGGUCAGGCAGCAGGCGACGAAAAGCAAGGGGCCCAUGAUUGUACACUGCAGUGCUGGUGUAGGACGAACCGGGACCUUCAUAGCAUUAGACCGGCUUUUACAACACAUUCAUGAUCAUGAAUUUGUAGAUAUAUUGGGAAUGGUGUCCGAUAUGAGGUCUUAUCGGAUGUCCAUGGUUCAGACAGAGGAACAAUACAUUUUUAUUCACCAGUGCGUGCAACUGAUGUGGCUAAAGAAGAAACAGCAGUUUUGCAUUAGCGAUGUCAUAUAUGAGAAUGUCAGCAAGUCGUAAUUCCAGGUCACAGGUGAUGAAGCUGUGAAAUGCAUCCAUCUUCCUCGGCUUCAGAUUUUAAUUCUCUCCCCCUUCUUUUUGGUUUUUGUUAACUGCUUUCCAAUUUGCCAUGGACAAGAGCUGCUUUGCAGUACAUGGACAAAUGAAAAAAAAAAAGUAUAUUUUACAUCCAGAAGUUCUGGGGAAACAUAGCCUUAAGGAACCUGCAGUGUCUUGUUUGGACUCUUGAUCAAUUUUUUUAAAGUUAAUAACAGGACCAAACUCAACUCGGGGUGGCACCUCAAAGGGACAAUCUAAUAAUGUGCAUAAAUGUAACAUGCUCUGGAUCAUUUUCUGUUGUUUCUGAAACAAAUUUGUUUAAUAUGUUUUAAUUUAAUGCGCAGGUUAAACUUAAAGGUUACCGAAUGUGCAAUAUUCCAGAUUCAGUCCAAACUGCUGCGGGCUUUCUCCAUGUACGUGGAUGGAGCAACAUGGACUCUUACCAAACACAGGAACAGACAGGGUUAGCAUUGAGAUAUUAACUCAUUAGCAAGCAAGGAAGAUUGUAGAAGCUGGAAGAAAAGCUAAAACUUUGCUACUGAGACAACAUCCUCGCCAGGACUCCCCAGCAAGGAGACUCAAGAAAGAGUACACCCUUUAAAACUGGCCUGGUCCAAAGCUAGAAGUUGAAGGAGCAGAUUUCAUCAUUAACUGCAACUUCUUCAAGUGUCAAAGGUUACUGUUAUCCUUUCACAGAGAUUUGGGCAGCCCUGAACCAACCUGUUCUUUUGCCUCUGCUGCCAAGUGGGGGAGAGAAAUUCCUGUGCACUUAGAUUCAGAGUGGAACUAUGGAUAGCCACAAGGUGCUAUACUAGGUAGGAUUCACUGGAGGAAUGAGCACCAUGGGUGUACUGAUUUUUAGUUGUCUUUGCUGCAUAGAGUUUUUUUCCAUUUGUUUGGUUCCGUUCACUUCUGUGUAAAAAAAAAAAAAAUAAGAUGCUUGUCAUUUGGGGGGUAGAGAGAAAAGGUGCCAUGCAGGAUGCAGCUUAAUGGUGCCAACACGCUGAAAAAUGUCAAAGGAUACUAACAAGGAUUUCUUUUGGCAUGCUUGGUGCAUGCAAAUGAUUGCUUUGUUCAAGACUUACUACCAAGUGCCAGGCUUCAGUUUAUUGCAGGGCAUA